AAAAAAAACAAAAAUUUUCACAUUCUUCUUCCUAGCGCUCGGUAUGUUUUCAAGUUAACAUUAAGCAGGGCCAUAUUCAAGAAAAAAACUCGAUCGGUAAACCAAAUGCUAUCAGAAGACUUGUAAGACAUUUCGCUUGAGCGAACGGCAACAGAGGAAUGGCGGAGUUAGGGAUUAGGGACGAGAGGGGAGUUGAACAAGCGAUAGAAUUAGGGCUUGGAAAAGAGGACAGCGAUCAAGACAAGAAGGACGAGGAUUUUAAGCCAUGGGAGCAGCAUUCGGCCGUUAUCAGCAUCCCUCGAUAUGAUUACAAGGCCCCCUCCUCUCUUCUGGAGCGCUCCCACUCCGGGUUCCUCAUCACUUGCCCAAUCAAGCGUGAAAAAAGUGCUACUAAGGAAGCUAUUCCCAUUCUGGAAAAGCAUAUGAAAUUUGUUUGUACCAAUGACUUUGAGAGAUCUGAACCAUGCAGCAAAAUUGUGGUUGCAAAGAGGAGGAAAACUUGUUCUCAGGAUGCUGAUAGUUCGGACAGAUUAGAAAAAAAUAUAGAUGCCAAUUUAUCUGCAGAUUCUUGUGAAACUGCAGAAUUGGCCAGGUUACAUCCAGCUGCAGAUGAAAAUGCAAACAAAAGGGCUAUAUCUUUGGUUAAACUGACAAGGAGUGGUCUACUUCUUUUCACGUUGCCAGUACUAAACUAUCAACAUGUCAUUGAUACAUUAUCAAGUAUAUUUCGUUCCUUGGGUUCUGGGAAUCAGAAACCACCCAUCUGGUGCCACCGCAUAUUUCCUAUUCAAGAAACUUGUUGCCUGACAGAGAAGGACCUACAUGCAGUUGUAACUAAUCUUGUGCAGCGUUAUUUUAGCAGUCAACAAGGCAAACCCGAAAGGUCUAUUAAGUUUGCAGUUGGUUACAAUAGAAGAGGCAUAGAGGAGACAGAGUUGAGGAAUAAGAAAUUUACUUCGACAAUCGCUCUGUUAGAAAAGAACAAAUGUUUUAGUGUUGUGGCUGGAGCAUUUAAAAAUGUUGUGGAAAAUUCUAUAGUGGAUCUGAAAUCACCUGAGGUGGUGAUACUUGUGGAAUUGUUGCCUCUUUCUGGUUUACCUCCCGAGUCUUUAAUGGUUGGUGUGUCAGUUCUUCCAAGUAAAUUUGUCAUCACAAAGCCGCGACUCUGCGUUAAACCCCUGCUCAUUAAUACAGAAAGGAACAAAUAGAAAGGGUUAUAUCAACAUCAUAUCACCUACCCUUUGUAGUUCUAUGCAAAAGCUUGUUUGUCUCACCGGAUACCGUGCUGAUAAAAUUUGGUGCUAGUAUUUAUUACAGCACAGGAUUCGGUUCAUUUUAUUCAUCAUUGGUUCUCUGCAUUUUCUAUAUGAGUUAUCAUCUUCAGAGAAACACUGUUUAGCAUAUAAAGCUGCAUAAACAAAGCAGACAAGUAGUCUCAAAGUCUUUCCUGUGCAAACUAAAAAGUUUGUUUUAAAUUCUGUACGUUAUUCAAUGGCAAUGUUCCUAUAUGUUAAGUCUCAUUCUUGAUUCAGUUUCAGGUCAUUGUAAAAUUUUGUCUCGACAUUUUGAAAGCAAUGAUGAUCUCCAGUUUUUUUAUCUUUGUUGAGCUGAGGUGAAAGGUUUAAAUACUUCAAAGGAAAGCCAGAUACAAGCAGCUGAGAACUCUGGCGCUACUGCACUAUACUCUUGUCUUGGCCCAAAGUAACCAAAAUAGUAUUGAUUGGACUGAAAACUGGAAGCAGUCGGUUGUACCUCCACUCGAAACCUGUUAAAGAAAUCUCAAAGAGAAAAAUGUAAGUUUGUUUUUCCACAUAGAGUAUGUUAUAUUAUUUAGGUGAUCUAAGAAUAAGUACUGAGUGCCUCAAAUGCAAUGGGGUUUUGAAAUAAUGAUUUA